CGCGCAGCCGGCCUUGCAGAGCUGCUCCGCCGCCGCGGCCCGGUCCGCUCGGUCCCGGCGAUGGCCGUGGUCUGGCCCGAUGCCCUGCAGGCGGACUCGGACCCGGAGUGCUGAGAACUCGCUUCUGGCCCCGCGCCGGGCCCCCACCCGGGCCCCUGCGGGCCGCGCCGCUGCUGGGGCCUCCGUUCGACGUCGGGCGCACCAUGGAGCGGAGUGGGGUGGACAUGCCCGUGACGCUCAUCAUUAAAGCUCCGAAUCAGAAGUACAGCGACCAGACUGUUAGCUGCUUCUUGAACUGGACCGUGGGGACACUAAAAACGCACCUGUCUAACGUGUACCCUAGCAGACCAUUGACGAAGGAUCAGAGAUUGGUGUAUUCGGGCAGACUGCUCCCCGAUCAUCUGCAGCUGAAAGACAUUCUCAGAAAACAAGAUGAGUAUCAUAUGGUUCAUCUCGUGUGCGCUUCUCGGACUCCUCCCAGUUCUCCCAGAGCCGGAGCUGGCGCCGGCGUGGACGGAGAAGGUCGCCAAGCCUCAGCAUCCGGCAGCAGCCCCAGUUCAGAUCAUUCAGGACCGACGAUGCCAUCAUCCAGUCAAGAAGCCUUGUCUUCGGCUGCUGCUUCUUCCUCUGAAGGGCUGAGGCAGCGAGCUCUCCCCCCAGCGCAAGCCGACCCGGCACAGAGGCACCUGUUACCCUACGCGACGCAAGGGCAUGUGGACAACCAGCUUCCCGGGCAGGCCGCGGCGCCGGGGCUCGCGUACCCCGCCCUCAGCCCCCUGCAGAUGCUGUGGUGGCAGCAGUUGUACGCGCACCAGUAUUACCUGCGAUACCAAGCUGCAGUCUCCGCUCAGGCCACACCGAACGCCGGCCCAGCCCAGCCUGCUGCGUCACAGCCGCUAAACUUGGCACACGUUCCCGGAGAAGAAGCCGCGGCAGCACCAGACCUGGCGGCCCAGGAAGACCGGCCUGUGAAUGAGGAUGUGCCGAUGAACGCGCAGGGGGGCCCGGUGCUGGACGAGGACUGGAACCGGGACUGGCUGGACUGGCUGUACACGCUCUCGCGGGCCGCGGUCCUGCUCGGCAUCAUGUACUUCUACUCCUCCUUCAGCCGCUUCGUCGUGGUCAUGGGUGCCAUGCUGCUGCUGUACCUACACCAAGCUGGAUGGUUUCCUUUCAGGCAGGAAGGUGGCCCGCAGCAGGCUCCCCACAACGCCGAGGGCGAUGACGGGCAGAACGCACGCAACCUCGAGCUGGAGGAGAUGGAGCGGCUCAUGGACAACGGACUGGAGGACGAGACUGGGGAGGACGCCCGUGCGGCCCCGGGGCCAGGGCUCAUGGCUGCGGCCUGGUCCUUCGUCACCACCUUCUUCACCUCGCUGAUCCCCGAGGGGCCUCCCCAGGCUGCCAACUAGGCCUGGAGCCUGUGGCCACCGCGAGGGCGGGGCUGGCUGUGGGGCCUGGUCCCAGUAACAGUGCAAUCUCAGAAAAUGUAUGACUCUCUUUGGGUCACCAUGUACAGAGGGGUUUUCUUUAAGCUCCUGCAUACGGAUAUGUUAAGCACAAGUGGACUACUAAAUGUGUGGUUUUUUCUGUUUUUAUUUCAAAGAUCCUAACAGAACUAGCAUCACAACGUCGGUCUUCCAGAUUUUGCCCGUUUCGAUUAUGUACAGUGUAUCAAGACAGACCUCUCUGUGCAUCUUCUGUUUGUCACAGAGCUGCUUCACAUAUAAGUAUCUAUAGCUAGUAGCCCAGCCUUCAGUGUGUAAUUUGAAUAAAUAUGUCUAUUUUCUGUGAAUCACCCUGAAAGUUUUAAACAGAAUGACCUCGUACUUUUUAAUAAAGAAUAUUAUUUACCUAAAAUGUGCAGUAGCAUCUUGCCCAGCCAUAAAGCAAUAAACUUCCCAAUAAUCUUAAUUUUGACAUUUGAAUAAAUAGUGGAAACUUUCUAUUUCAAGGGCAUGUAGCUCCUCAGCUGAAAUUAGCACCUGGAAAAGAGGCAGCUCUCAGUGGAAUUACCAGUGAUAUAAAAUGUUUGAUACAGGCAGUACUUUUAUAAAAUAAGACAUGCUGGAAAUCACUCCCUGUAAUUUUUUAAAUAAAAAGUCAAUCAUGGUAAA